UUUGGGAUAUUACCUAAAGGGCAUUAGACUCGGAUCUUCUGUGUAUUAGCCAUUGUUCUUGCUGUUGAACUUUCAGCAUUUCUGCAUACUCUUGUUUCUCUCUGCGUUUUCCGUUUAGCGUGAGAAGAAAGAUACUUCAGCAAUCCAUUCUGAGAUCAGAGAUGCUCAUUAGAUUUAUAUCCACUGUUCUUCAUCGUUAAAAUCAGAUCAUUUUUUUUGCAGCUGAGAAACCGAGAAUGAAUUCCAAGCCAUCUGGUCUGUCGUUCAAACUCGUUCUUCUCGGUGACGGUAGGGUUGGAAAAACUUCUCUUGUGGUGCGGUACGUGAAUAAUGCAUUUUCUGAGAAACAAGAAGCAACAGUGCAAGCUUCCUAUCUGACCAAACGCCUUGUUAUAGAAGGUGUGCCUAUUACUCUAGCUAUCUGGGAUACAGCAGGACAAGAACGGUUUCAUGCUCUGGGUCCAAUAUACUAUCGAGAUGCAGAUGCACUCUUGGUGUAUGACAUCACGGAUGAUGAGACCUUCAUUCGGGUGAAAAAUUGGGUGAAGGAACUUCAACAAAUGGCUCCUAAAAACAUUAUUAUGGCAAUUGCUGCCAACAAAAGUGAUUUGGUUAGAUCAAAGAAAUUUGAACUUCAAGAGGCUGAAAGCUAUGCAGCAUCAAUAGGAGCCAAAAUUUUUGUUACAUCCGCCAAAUUGGGUUCGGGCAUUGAUGAAGUUUUCCUUGAUAUUGCAACCCGAGUGCUCCAGAAAAAGAAAAGUAGUGUUGAAGGCUUCUCAUCAACUCAGCAGAGGAAAGGGAUGGUAAUUGUAGAUGACGAGCCUGAGAUAGAACAACAGAAAUGCUGUUCAUAAUAAUCUCAGCAGAGGCUACUACUGAUUGGAAGGUCUCAAAGGCUGCUUCUAGAUAGUGAACAACAACUAUUUUUUCCUGUGUUUUGAAGUCCACUACUCUUUCAGAACCAUUUGAUGUGGAAGGUAUGAGAGGCUAUUAUAUUUGACCAAGGUAGCUUGCCAGAGCAGUUCGUCCUUUCAAAUCAACAGCUCUCUUGCCAUAUUUGUAAAUUUAUAAGUGUACAAUAUGAUUGUGAAGGCAGCUGCAGGUCAAAGACUCAUGGUUCACUUGUUAUGAUGUCAAACAGCAUUGCAGAUAUACCUGGUAUACCAGAGAAAUUGACCUUAUUUCAUGCCUGUAAUAAUCAGCCAUUGCACCUUUUUGAGACGGCCUGAUCAUAUACUGUGAAUUAGAUUUAGAAACAAAUAAAAAAAGACCAUACAUAGUGAAUCA